GUAUAUAAUAAUAAACUUGUAUAACGAAAAUCCACGGGUGUAACUAUCCUAAAACAGUAACAUGCAUCACAAAUAUCAUUUAUAAGGACCAAACCCAAGUUCUUCCAUGCAUCAUACACUCUUAAUUACUUAAUUUCCCCUCUUCAAGUCUCUCUUUUAUUGUUCAAAUCAUAUACCAAAUGGGUUCCUCCAAGUUGUUGGGUCUUAUGGCCAUGCUUCUCAUUGUGCUGCUACCCAUGGCUGCCAAAGGGGAUAUUGUUGAUGAUAUCCUCGGAAAGGUUUGUAAAGAAGUUGAAUGUGGGAAGGGAACGUGCGUAGCGAACACAAGUUACCCAUUGAACUACAUUUGUGAAUGCGACUCUGGCUGGAAGCGAACCCAAGACAAUGAUGACGAUGAAUAUGCUAAUAGCUUUCUUCCAUGUGUCCUUCCCAAUUGUAGCCUCAACUAUGGUGGAUGUCAGCCAGCACCACCGCCAGUUCCAGAGAAGAGUGUUCCACACAACUUGUCAGCUUUUGAUCCUUGCUAUUGGGCCUACUGUGGGGAAGGUAAAUGCGUGAAGAACAAAACAUAUACACACAGUUGCCAGUGCCAACCCAAUUUCUAUAAUCUUCUCAACAUCUCCGUUUAUCCUUGUUACAGUGAAUGUACUAUUGGAUCUGAUUGUUCCAAACUUGGCAUCGAAGUUGGAAAAUCAACCAGUGAUAACAGUAGUGAAGGAAACUCAGCCUCAGUCCUCUCAGGAAAGUUACAUUGGAUGGUUAUGUUGUUGAUGUCGACGGGUAUGGUUAUGUGGAGCUAGGAGACCCCUAGAGAGAUGGCCAAAAUUGUUUUGGCCAAUUAUUGAUGUAAAUUUUUAUUGUUGUCCAUUAGUCAUUAGCGUAUGAUGACUACUGUGUGAUCUACUGUAUUGUUUUUGGGUAUAAUAAAGACUGAGAUGUAUUAUAACUCGAGUGUUAUUAUUAUUUUUGUAUGAUAAAUUAAUAAUAAAUAUUCUCCGAUACUCUAUUAGCUGUUAA